AAUUAGUAGUUCGUUUCAAUAUCAGUCAUUAAUAUAUGGUCUUGUGUUCUUUUUUCAAAUAAUUUUAAGUUUAACUUGAAAAUUGUUUCAAAUUUUCUUACUAUUCAUAUUAAUUGACUGAUAUCAUUGUUUUUUACUCAUCAGUACAAUCAACUUUCUGUCCGUUAGAGAUUUCCAUGUCUGCAGCUUGCAGCACUUUUAUUGAACACUCAAUGGAAAUGUAUGCAAAUUUUUCUAAAGUCAGACUUGUUUUAAGUCACGACCCCGUUCCCGCCAUCUCCCUAUUACAUUUACCCCUAACCUUACCUGGUUGUGCCCCUGUCCCUGGCCUCUUUGGUUCCUACGGACAGCACCCCUGCAAGCAUGAAGUAUCACCCUUUGAACAGGGUGGGCAGACUCGCUGUGCAUGAAGAGGUUGGAGGGACAGAACUCAAGAGAACCAAGCGGAACCCCACUGAAUGUGAAUUUAAGUGUCCUCCUGGUUUUUACAAAAAUAGCAAGGUGCAAGAGCUCUGUACAGAACAACGAUCGCACUGUUCCCCUUGCACACAUGGCACCUACACUAUAAUUGAAAAUCAAUUAUCAUCCUGUAUCCUGUGUACCCCUUGUGAUGAGAAAGGGUCACGAGUCGUGAAGAGCAAUUGCACCAGCACGUCCGACACCAAAUGCGACUGCAAAGAAGGGUACCAACGAAUAAACCACACUGAAGAAAUAUUUGAAUGUGAAUGGAUACACAAACCAACGCCCACUGUUCCUACUACUAAAGCUGCUUAUACCACAAAUAAGUCGACAGCAGAUCAUACUACAAAAAACGCAGAUCAUCUUGGGCUGGCCAGUUACGUCCUCCUCAUCAUGACAACGGCGUUUCUUCUGCUGGGGGCCACGUUGGCCCUGACCCUGUGCUGCCGCACCCAGCUGGGAAGGGAGUCCAGCAGGCAGCACUUCCUGAAGUCCAAACUCCUUUACACAACCGUGCAACUACCUCAAGAGAUACCAAAUUAUGCCUCUCCAAAUCAGCUGUUUGAAAGUCCAGAUCCACUUGUCCAGAUCCCCUUGGGGUCUAGCGAUGCUGCGAAAGUCCAUCGAGCCAGACCUCUUGACCAACAUGAACUUCAAGAUCUAAGGGAGGAAUCUGUAAGGAGCGAUUGGCCAGCAUGGGUGCUGUAUGCCAUCAUUGAAAAAGUGCCCGUGCGCCGUUGGAAGGAGUUCCUGCGGCUGUUGCGUGUUCCUGAUGGGCAGAUGGAGCGUGCUGAGCUGGAGGCAGGACCGUCCUACCUGGAGCAGCAGUACCAGAUGUUGCGGCUUUGGAGCCGUAGGGCCGGGGUGCAGCUGUCAGAUGUUUAUAACGUGCUGCAGAACAUGGACCUGUCCGGUUGCGCGCAGGACCUGCAGGACAAGCUGGAGCAGCAGGAGGUGCCGAUACACACGAGGUCACUCGCCUACCAGGCCAUCGGAUGGGACCGUGAGCCCACUGGAGGAACAGGAGAAGCAGCCUGAUUUUUUCCACUUUCUCAUGGACAAGAUCAUAAAACCCAGUCAGCCUCGACUGGGUGACAGGUGCCGAGCGGAAUGACCACAGAACAAGAUUCUUGACUAUGUCAUGAGCAGUGAUCAAAACCACUGGGCCAAGUUUCUUCUUUUGGUUUCUGUCAGACUUAAAUACAAACUGCAAUCUGUCAGAAUGAGGAAGUGUCUACACCCAGAGCUGGGCAAAUGAGGACAAUUUUUUUUCCUGGUUAAGUGAAUCAAUGCUGAAAGAGAGUAUUUUUUUUUGAAGGGUUUUCUCUUUAAGUCUACUGGGAAAAGUUAUUUCCUGGUUUAUCCAUGCAAUCUAGGUAGGCAAAAGUGCACAUACACUCAUGCCGGCAUAGAUGUCCGUAUGCUAAAGUUAGAUAAACAGUAAGUAUAUUUUAUUGUUAGAACAGUACUGUAGGAAUGUUCUUACUUGAAACAAGUUGAAGAGCAGUAAAGUUCUGCUAUGUACGCAGAGAAGUGUAGCUGUGAAAAGCGGAGUGUCACCCACUGGCAGACCGAGUGAGAAGGGGAAGCUUGCUCGCCUCACCAAAAAUGGGAAAUGACUCUGCUGUCUUACAGCUCAAGAUGAAACUCGUGUGUGGAGGGAAUCUGUGGGUGAUAUUCCAAGGACUGUGGAGGCAUUUCAUAGUCUUGUAUUCUCAAAGGUGAACCCAACCCCUGGGAUGCCACAAUACCAGAUAAAACAAAGAUUACUGCUCAAGUAUUAUUAGCGAUGAGACAAAAUAAGUUAGGUUUAUUUAUUCUAUUUUAUACAAUGAUGCUUCUUACAACCUACAGUUAUACUCUAAGCAAAUCCCACUGGCAAUGAAUGCUUCACAAUUUGUUGUCAGCUGUUCAAUCACUUUCCUCAGGUUAUAUCUCCAUGGAGUAGGUGGUGCUCCAUAGCCAAGAAACUUGAAGUGUUCUCUCUAGUGAUGGUUGCACCUGUUUUUGAUUACCUAUGCUUAUAUAAAAUGUUAAAAUGUAGAAUAAAAAGGAAAAUGAUACAAUUAAAACAAAAUUAUACAAUAUAAAUAGUCUAAAACAGCAUCAAACAGGUUCACGGGCAAAACAAAAAACAAACAAAAACAAACAGUCAACUCAAGAUUGAAUCUUUGUGGGCUGUGGUUCAGUGUUUUAUGAGUUAUGGUUUUAGAAUUAAUCAUAAGUAUGUGAAGGAUCAAUUAGGAUGUCCUAGAAAUACUGGAUGGUUAAUAAGAAGGAAGCCAGAGCAGAUAUACCCCCCAAAAGCCUACCAACAAGAGCUGGACUUAAUAGCGGUGAAUGAUAUUCUAGGGCUUUAAGACCCAAGACUAAAGCCUUAACAUUGAUAACAGGAAAUAAAGAUAGAUAACAUCCAAAAUCUUAUUUCCGUCAGACCAAAUUCUUAUUUUGAUGUAUGAGGUGGUUACUUGGUUGAGGUAUAUAGCUAAGUAGUAUCUCGGUAAUACCACUUAACUGUAUGUUACUGAUGUUAACGUGUGUGAGAAAAACUCAAGAUGAAGAAUGGGUGGCGCACAAAAUGAAAUGAAAUCAAUGUAUGAAUUGUUGUUAUUUAUGGUAUCCAUACUGCAAAGUAUUUACUGUGAAAAUAAACAUUAAAAUAUCUA